AUGUGCCGCGCGGCCCGCCCCCUGCUCCGGGCCGCCAGCGCCCGCCAACACCCGGCCGCGGCAGCAGGGCCAAUGCGGCGCGGGGGGCGGGCUGCGGGGCGGGGAUUGUUUACGUCUCGUUCGGGAGCUGAAAGUAGGUCACGGCCGCCCGGCGGAACGCGGCGGCGGCGACAGAUCCUGUCCACCAUGGCCAGGCGUCCUCGCAGCAGCACAGCUUGGCAUUUUGUCCUGAGUGCAGCUCGCCGAGAUGCGGAUGCCCGGGCCGUGGCUCUGGCGGGGAGCGCUAACUGGGGCUACGACUCAGAUGGGCAGCACAGUGACUCUGACUCGGACCCCGAGUCCUCAGCCCUGCCGCCACCCAUCCCCAGCGCUGUGCCCGUGACCGGGGAGUCCUUCUGUGACUGUGACAGUCCGAGUGAGGCCUCCUUCUGCAACAGCCUGCACGCGGCACACCGGGGCAAGGACUGUCGCUGCGGCGAGGAAGAUGAGCGGACGCCCGGCCGUAAGGUGAAAGCUGCAGGUUGA